UGUAACCCUUCCUAACUAUUACGGUAUAGGUUACCUAAUAACUGAUUGUGCCUCCACCCAGACUAAAUGUGAAAAAAGGGCUUGCCUGGGUAAGCCUCCCUUAAUCCCCUACUGUAAGUGCACUCCCUUAAUUAAAUCACACACCACAAAUGUUUUACCUGUUCUCUCUUUCAGGAUUCUUGGAUCCAACUCCAGUUCACAGACACCGGUGUUGUUCCGAUCCUGACACAAUGGGCAGAAUCACAAGGAAGAACCUAAUGUACGUGUCCAUCUUACUGACUGCCUUCUUUAUCCUGGGAAUUUUGAUUACUGACCCUUUGAACCCUCUGUUGGAUCGCUGGAGACCUCCGUGUACCUGCUGUGAUCGUAGACUGACCACUGAUACUAUUACACCACUGCGAGACAACCGGACAUUUAUCAUAGCUCCAUACUCUGACAAUCGAAUACACAAUAACCGCGCAGUCCGUAUCCUCAGCAUUAUUCACCAUAAAGAGGUAAAGGAUCUAUACUGCUGGUUUUGUUGUACCGUAAACAGAUCUGUGGAGGUUUCCCAGGCACAGAUAGACAUACACAGUGAUCGGUUCGGCUUUCCCUACGGCACAACGGACCUGGUCUGUAUGGAACCACCAGGCUGCUAUGCCAAGUACCUAUCUGUCCAUACAUCUCCUACAGGAAACAUGACCCAAUUACCCCUGUUCCAAAUACAAAAUCAGGACAUGAGACCAUUUUACGUCAACUUCACGGUCUGCAUUUCCACCAUGUUUGGGAAUUACAGUAACGUCUUACAGUUCAUACAGACCAUGGAGAUGUACCGGAUACUGGGGGCUCAACGGGUCAUGAUCUACCUUAAUAACUGCAGCUCACAGGUGGGAAAAGUCAUUCAGUACUACAUUGCAGAAGGUAUUGUAGAGGUGAUACCAUGGCCAAUUCAGCAGUACCUGAGACCGGCUCGAGCAUGGCACUAUUCUAUGGAUGCCAAGGAUAUUGGGUAUUAUGGUCAGGUGACAACACUCAAUGACUGCAUCUAUCGGAACAUGUACCGGAGUAAGUUUGUGUUACUUAAUGAUAUUGAUGAAAUAAUUCUGCCUUGUAACUACCAGACAUGGGACAGCCUGAUGGAAAGUCUCCAGGAACAGAACACGGGAGUUGGGGUUUUUCUCUUCGAAAAUCACGUAUUCCCUCAAACCGUCACCACUGAUGGAAACUUCUCUAACAUUUCAUCUUGGAAGAGUUUUCCGGGGACCAAUAUUCUGCAGUAUGUUCACCGUGAGCCAGACAGACCGGACUAUUUCAAUAACAGAAAAAUGAUUGUGGAUCCUAGGAUGGUCAUUCAGACAUCUGUACACUCUGUUCUAAAAUGUAUUGGGGGUUCUAAAAAAGUCUCUAUGAAGACAGCCCUGCUUUACCACUGCACAAAGCCUCGUCAGAACUUACCUGACACAUCUUUAAUUGAAGAUAAAACUAUUUGGAGAUAUAAUGCUUCCUUGAUUAGAAAUGUUAAUAAGGUCCUAAACCAAGUAGACUUACAGUCAUAAAACCCCAAAGAAAUGGUCAUUCUAGUCUAUAACGUUACCAUCAUGCCCUCACCUCAGCCUUAGUUUACAAUGGUCUCCUCCUUAACCAUGGCACUCCGUAGCUAUAGAAGGAUAUUUUUCUAUUAUCCAAAACGUGUUGAAUGGAGGCCAUGAAGGGGACUUAAAGGGACUUCUGCACCAGAUGUUUAACCCAUUCUUCUCCAUACCAUCUGUGGUGGUGCUGAGCUAACUGCCCGUGUUCUACAAAUGCAUUACAAACAUGCCCACCGCACCACCAAUAGAGGGUGAGAGGAAGAAAAGGGUUAUACCCUCCCCCCAUUACUUAUAUGGGUUGGGUAUGCAUGACCGGCGUUCAGGAGACCACCGGCCAGCAUACCAACGCCGGGAUCCCGGCAGCAGAAUCCCGGUGGGGGGAGGCGGCCGCAAUAAGCCCCUUGCGGGCCCCUCGCCACAGGUUCUAUUCCCGCUCUAUGGGUGUCCCUGUUAGUCAUCAUGCCGGCUGACGGAAUUGUUCGGUCACGUGACUGCAUCCCAUUGUUUUAAUAUAUUGUAUUUUAUUAAACCUGGUUAAAUGUAUAAUCUGUAUACCAUUCCGCUGAAUAACGGUGAGAGGUCAUUAUAAUUACAGGUCUAAGAGGA